UUCAGCUCUAGAGAUCAAGCAUCAAGACACGCUGAACUACGUNNUUCGAACCCGGAGACCUAUCGCGCUUUCUUGGACAAAGCAGCUGCGUAUAACAUGAAGCGGCAUGAUGAGGAUGCCGAGUACCGGGAGAACAUGAGACAAUACAGACGACGCCAUCACAAAUCGAAGAUGAACGAUCCACUUUAUAGGUCUCAGCAGCUCAUCAGAGAUCUACUGAUGCAAUAUCCAUGGUCUCGCACAGUUAAUCAUUAUUGUAGCGGAUGUAAGGUCACAAAGCGUCGAAGAGUGAAACUGUGGUGGCACCAAGCGUUGGCUGGGUCCGAUGUCUUCCUUUGUCAUGGCUGUAUCUUUUCCAGGGAAGAUUGGACCCGCGCGAUGCCCGAGGGUUAUGAGGACGUCAAGACAAUCAAUGAAAUCAUAGCCCGCAAGAAACAACUUGUAGGUCUCGAUGAGGGCGAGAGCAUGUCUAAAAGCGAGUUGUACACCAAACCGGAAAGAGUCAGGGAAUGGACCAGACGGCUUGAUUGGUUCCAUCAGUUGCCUUGGAAGUCCCAUCGACCUUUUCUAACGGAGAACGGGACAGAGGAUCACUGCGCACGUUGCACAUACAGCAGGUAUAGAGCUUUGAAACUCUGGUGGAGGUCGGCGGAUGAAACCAUAUGCAAUUCAUGCUAUACUAAGGGCGAAUGGAAGGACAUAAUGCCGCAAGGCUAUGAAGAUGUAAGAACUUCAAAGGAGUUUCGCGCUCGGAAGGAAGAACUUGAGAAGCAAGAAUUCAAGCGA